GAUAAUGUCGGGGAGUAUCUCCAGAACUCCUUCAAAACUUUCAGAAAUGUUUUUCUCAUUUGCUGAUACAAGCUUUGAAAAAGUUUAUGCGAAACUCCAGAAAGAUAUAAAGCUUGUCGAAAGUCUGAGUAAUGAAUCGGAGUCUGCUUGUAAUUUCCAACAUCGCUCACCAAUCAAGCAAAGAUUUAAGUUCACGCCAUUUACUUAUGCUAGUGGCGAAAGGUUAAUAUACGUGAAUCCCAAUGAGAAAACAAUGCGAGUUGGCUCAGUUGAAAUCAAUGAUAAUGACAUAUCCAGAGAAGAUGCUCCUGCUCAAACAGGAACUUUGCAUCACUGGAGCCAGGUUUCCGAACACCCUCUCAAGAAAGACGAGUCAUUUUUUGAUUUCCCUGAUGAAGCAGUGACAUCUGAAGAGAUCAUAUCUUAUGAAGACGAUCCGCAUAAUAUUAACAGUUAUAAACACCUUCUAUCUUAUGAAUCAGAUAGUGCUCUGGACGAAGUAGAUGAAGAGGAAUAUGACGAUCGCUUUGGAGGCGAAGAAGCGUCUGAUAUUGAAAAUGCAGUUCUGGAAAGUUCUUUAUCUGUUGAUCCACAUUUUUAUCACGCCUACUUUGCGAGGCCGAAGCCAAAGAUCUGCGAUGAAACAGAGCUACAAAAAGUACAAGAUGAAAAUAUUUUCCAACGCCUGGGAGCAGGUUUUAAACCUCCGUUACGAAUGCCUGAUAGUUGCCACCCGCAGAUUCCAAAAACACAAGUUUUACCAAACAGUAAUCGAUUAGCUGCAAUAAAUACACCAAUUGAGGGAUGCAGUUUGUCAGACAACGAAAGUGCGAAUUGUGAUAGAUCUCUAGACUUGGAAGACGGAAUCGAAAAUAUGAUCAAAAUGGCAUCUAGUCAGACGACAGGUAGUCCUAAGAAGUCAAAAAACAGUAAGCCUAAGUUUGAUGUGUACAAACAUAUCAGAGCAGACGGCGACAGUUUAAUUGAGAGUAAUCAGAAUGUGCAUCAUUGUGGUAUUUGUGGGAAUUAUGCAGCGUUGACGAAAGAGACAUUAGAAAAGCAUUGGAGAACUCAUUACAAAGAGAGGCCACAUAAGUGUCCUCGUUGCGAGAAGGCCUUCAGCUCGAUCUACUUACUGAACAGUCAUCUUAACACGCACGCAGACAUCAAAGACUUCUUCUGUUCUCUGUGUAGUCUGAGUUUCGCAUCUAAGUCUGAGCUGUCCCGACAUAAGAGGUACAAACACACCGAAGACAAACCCUACAAGUGCACCGAAUGUGACUAUGCCUCAGUGGAGUCUACGAAGUUGAAGCGACACAUGAGAACUCAUACUGGUGAGAGGCCGUUCAAGUGUCACUUGUGCUCCUACUGCUGCACAGACAACUUCAAGCUGAAGAGACAUGUGAAGACGCACACGGGGGAGAAGCCGUUCUCCUGUCCCCUCUGCAUGUUCAAGUUCAGCCAACACGCAUCACUCAAGCAACACCUGCUAGGACAUACGGGAAACAAACCAAAGUAUAUAAAAACAAGAAUAAACUGCUGCUUUGCAAGCAAAGCAGAAGGGUUCGAAUCUCUUGUUUUUGCAAAAAAGCUUGAAUUGAAUAGAUGUGAAGAAUUUCUCAUCGGAAAAAAGUGUCCUCGUUGCGAGAAGGCCUUCAGCUCGAUCUACUUACUGAACAGUCAUCUUAACACGCACGCAGACAUCAAAGACUUCUUCUGUUCUCUGUGUAGUCUGAGUUUCGCAUCUAAGUCUGAGCUGUCCCGACAUAAGAGGUACAAACACACCGAAGACAAACCCUACAAGUGCACCGAAUGUGACUAUGCCUCAGUGGAGUCUACGAAGUUGAAGCGACACAUGAGAACUCAUACUGGUGAGAGGCCGUUCAAGUGUCACUUGUGCUCCUACUGCUGCACAGACAACUUCAAGCUGAAGAGACAUGUGAAGACGCACACGGGGGAGAAGCCGUUCUCCUGUCCCCUCUGCAUGUUCAAGUUCAGCCAACACGCAUCACUCAAGCAACACCUGCUAGGACAUACGGGAAACAAACCAAAGUACCAAUGUGAGUACUGCAGUGUGACGUGUUCUCGCAACAGUGACUUGAAACAGCACGUGAUGAAGCUACACACGAGUAACAAGCCCCAGAGAUGCAGACUGUGUGGGGCCUCAUUCCCCGACAGACACAAUCUGAAGCAGCACAUGAGGAGACACAGGGGGGAGAAGUUGUUGCAGUGCGAAGAGUGUCACUACAAGACUAACAGCCACAGACAUCUCCAGGAACACAACAGGAUACACACUGGUGAGAAGCCAUUCAUCUGUUCUCAUUGCGGUCAGCAGUUCCGACUUAAGCAGGGCCUACGUGCCCAUUCGAACCGAGUUCACCCCGAGUUGAAAUGGACACGACUCUCAGAAGAAGCGGACAAAGUUGAAACCAAUUAUCAGACGGGAGAAAAUGUGGCAGUGUUUGUGUGCUCGCUAUGUCAACAACAAACAGGUACUAAAAAUACAAUGCGUCAGCAUCUCAGAACUGUACAUGAAAUGACGGUGGAAGAAAUUGAAAUCGCGUUGCCGACUUGUGUACAGGUCCAGGAAGGCCAAAACGACCAAAUGUCACAAGAUCAUUUGUCAACGAAUGGAAAUGAGAAGAACUCUGAUUCAACUAUAAUGGUCACGUGUACACCUGAUCGAGUCUCCGCUUCGGUAGUAAGAAGUUAUGAAAACAACGCAGAAACUAUCCCAGUAUCGAGUGAUUCGUAUAUAGAAGCAAUUUUUAUUCUCUCAAGAGACGAGAGUGAAAGACUCAGUGUAAUGGUAGAGCCAGAAAUUCUGUGCAAUCAAACGCUUCUUCAGUCUUUGCAGUCGGCACUGGAACAAAAUGUCAUAAUGAAAGAAAUUGCGUCUUUAAAUUACAAAAGAUUGCAUUCUGCAGAUGAUGAUUUGAAAUUACCAAAAGAAUUGACAGAAAAUGAGGAGCAGUUUGCGGUAACAGGACAAGAAACACUUAAUACCACUGAAAAUGGAAAUAAUAGCGAAAACUUAACAGUAGAAAAAGUGCCUGAAUUUUCAACUAUAGAUACCUCGGUGCUUCAAUAAUUAAAUUAAUUUGUAAGUUAAAUUUUUGUUCUAUCUUGGAGUUUCUUUUAACAACUCUACUCUGGUUCUAUUAUCCUUGCUCUUAAUAAAAAAUUGUGCAAUUUAGACAGUAUAAGUUAGUAUUUAAUCGAUUAUA